GAGGAUACAGCCACGAAUAUAAAAGAGGCUGGUGUAUUCUCCUUUCCUUAUAAUUCAGACCUUUUCCACUCAUCAAGACAUGUCUUUCUUCAAGAAGCUUACUAAAGAGUUUGAGGAGCUGAAGGCGUCGUUUGCCGACAAAGAUGAGGAUAAGGAGGAAAAGAAAGAAGGAAAGAAAAAGGACGACCGCCCUGAGCCACAUCAGGAACAGCGUGGCGAACAGAGUCACGACCCUUACGGCCAACAGCAGCACGGCGCCUACGGCCAACAACAGCCGGGAUCUUACAGCCAGCCGGGCGCAUACUCUGCUCCUCACCCUGUCCAGACAUCAAAUACGCCUCCCCUUUCUCCCGGAUGGACUGCGCAGUUCGACCAAAGCAGCCAGCGUUGGUUUUACGUCGAGGUAGCUACUGGUCGCACGCAAUGGGAUCCUCCGGUGUUUGCCCCCCCUCCGCCGGCAUCGACGCACAGCGCAUAUCCACCCCCUCCUGGAGUUACACCAGGCUACGAAGGCCAGAAAGGUUUCGUUGAUCAGGGGGCACCGACGUAUAGUGGUGGCUAUGAUGCUCAUGGUGCGCCUACCGCUGCGUAUGGUGCACCUGCUGCAUAUGGCGCGCCCGCGGGGGCAUAUGGAGUGUAUGGGGCAGGCGAUAAGGAAGGCAAAGAACAAAACAAGAGCAAAAAUAAGGGCAAGAAGGAGAAGAAAAAAGACAGCAACGGUAAAUAUAUCGCUGCUGGCGCCGGUGGUCUCCUCGUUGGCGGUCUCGCCGUCGCUACUCUCCACGACUCCGAUUCCUCCGAUGACGAACACGGACAUGCCGCUGCUCCAUAUGCGGCGGCACCAUACGGUGCCCCUGCUGCGGCUCCAGCGUAUGUUCCGGCUCCCUAUGUUGCUCCUGUCGCCCCGGCAGGCUCGAUAUCGAGCAGUGACGCGGAAUCGCUCAAGGAAGCGAGGGAGGAAUUGCAGGAAGCGCAGGAGAAGGCCGCGGAAUCGGAUGCUAGUAGUAGUGAUCAGGAAGCACUAGAGGAGGCGCAAGAGGAGUAUCAAGAGGAACUUGAGGAUGCUUAUGAUUGAAUGGGGAUUGUGGCUGUCCCAGCUAAUACAAAGAUGUAGUCGUCAUGGCUAAUGAGUAUUGCGAAGUUUCUUGUCUGUCAGUGGCCUAAGAGAACAAUACAACUGCUCUUUACC